UCGAUCCCAUCCAUCCACUCACUCCCCACCCUCGGGCCACAGUCAGCUUCCGUGUUCCGGGACAAACUUCAAACAACCAUUUCCCUCCAUUCCUUCCUGCUCCCCCGCGCCUGCUCAGGAGAGGAGCUGAGCGAGCGCGGCGCGGAAGUGGAAAGAGCCGGCGGAUUCGCGCUUGACCAGCGGCUCUGAUUACACAGCGUCUGCGCCGAGCUGGAGCAACGCGCCCCGGUUCCGGAGCUGCAGGGCUGACAGCUCGGACCAUCGGUGCCGGGGGCGCGGCCGUCACAGCCCCUUCAGCCGCUGCGGGGUGGGCGGCGGCGGUGGACUGAACCUCCCGGGAGAGGCUCCGGGCCCAGAACCUGCGGACGUGGGCGCGAUUCUACCUGCUCAUCCCAAAGGACCAGUGUUCCCAAAGGGUUGAGCUGAAGAGGAGCAGGCCCUGAACACAGUGACCAGAGAGUUGGGAAUCCAAAAUUAAGGUACCUGCCAAGAUGUUCCACUUACAAGGCCCACAACUGCUGCAGAUGUUAGAGAAAUCCUUGAGGAAUAGCCUCCCUGAGUCCUUAAAGGUUUAUGGGACCGUCUUCCACAUGAACCAGGGAAACCCUUUCAAGCUAAAGGCCCUGGUGGACAGGUGGCCUGAUUUUAAUACAGUGGUUAUCCGCCCUCAGGAGCAGGAGAUGGCAGAUGACUUUGAUCACUACACCAACAGCUACCAAAUCUAUUCAAAGGACCUCAAGAACUGUCAAGAAUCCCUUAGCACAUCAGACGUCAUCAACUGGAAACAACAUUUGCAGAUCCAAAGUUCACAGUCCAGUCUGGAUGAGGUGAUACAGAAUCUUGCAACCACUAAAUUCGUUAAGGUCAAGCAAACACAAUGCAUUCUCUAUGUGAUGUCUGAGACAGCGAGGAAACUUCUUCCUUCCCUGCCGGAGACAAAGAACUUACCUGCUGGAUAUGGCAGACCCAAAGCCAUUAACCAAGAGAUGUUUAAACUCUCAUCCCUGGAUCCUAUCCAUGCUGCCAUGGUGAAUAAAUUCUGGCAUUUCGGUGGCAAUGAGAGGAGCCAGCGGUUCAUCGAGCGCUGUAUCCGGACCUUCCCCACCUUCUGCCUGCUGGGGCCUGAGGGGACCCCUGUGUCCUGGUCCCUGAUGGACCAGACAGGAGAGGUGCGGAUGGGGGCCACCCUGCCUGAGUACCGGGGCCAGGGUCUCGUCUCCCAUAUGUUGUUUGUCCACUCCCACGCUCUGGACAAACUCGGCUUCCCCGUAUAUAACCAUACAGACAGAGCCAACAAAAUCGUACAGAAAAUAAGUCACAAUCUGCAACAUGUCCCCAUGCCCUGUGAUUGGAACCAGUGGAACUGUGUGCCUCUGUGAAGCAGCCACGAACCCAAGACAGUGCUCGGUGGGCUGGUCACCUGGCAAGAGAUGCUGAGGCGGGGGGGCAGAAAGAAAGAAUAAACUGUAAUCAGCAGUAAAGCAGUGUGUGUUGUUUGGGCUCUGGGGAAGCAGCAUGGGUGGUCAACAGAACCCCCAGAGUCCGUACUCCCAAAUCACUCAUGAAUUUCCCUUUGGGUCCAGCAGAACUUCCUAUUUCCUCCACAUUCCAACCCUGGUAACCACCAUUCUAUUCUGUGUUUCUGUGAGUUCAACUUUUUGUUUUUGAAGAUCCCACGUGUAAGUGAUAUCAUGCAGGAUUUCUGUUUCUGUCUGGUUUAUUAUACUGGUUCACAAUUUUCUACUAAUACAUAUGGCUAGUAAGGAAACUAUCCAUAAUCAAUAAGGAAUAAAUGCAACCCA